UAUCUUUUCACAUUCAUUAUUUAACCUAUUUUUAAAACUUUCCAACACUUUUUUUUACCAAUCUUUCCAUCAUCUUCGAUGGAGCCAAAUUUUCACCAUUUUUUUGGCUUUGGGGUGUGAUCGAAUAAAUCAAAAUGGAUCUCUAAACUGUCUGCGCUUCUUUAAUUAAUGAAGUAGCAGUUAGUCAAGCAAUGCAACUUUCGACGUUGAGCCGGGGGUCUCUUUGGAAACAGCCUCUCUACUUUCGAGUAGGGGUAAGAACCACGAGGUGAUGAGGUUUGGAUAGUCGUUGCCACAUGAUUUCCACCCAUCUUUCUGCCUCUCAACUCCGAUUCCGACAAAUACAGAAUCGUUCUUUCAAAUCUAACCAAAUUAAACCCAAAAUUCUCCUCCAUCGUCUCUAGAACGUUCGCGCGUAUUUUUUUCUCUUUGACUCAUCGCAAGGAGGCUGACAGUUCUACUAUGGUCUCCCCUCGGUUUCCGGCACCUUUGAUUCCUCUGAAGUUCUGAAUAAUUCGCGUCACCGGAUGGCUGUCAUGUUACCGCCGUCGAGAAUCUCUUCAUUCUCAGUUGGGCUGCCCCCGGCGGGGAUUUAUUCCAAUACAAAGUUCAGAGCCGGGAAAAAGGUCGAAACUCCUCAAUUCAAUACGAGUGGAAAGGAAAUGGCUAAAAUUAGGGUUUUAUUCAGCGUUAAGGAUUUGGAGGAGUCCGUGAAAGGUUCGCGUUUGGGGGAUAAUAUGGGUCUGCGCGAGCAGUUCUCAGCUCAGCCCAGUGCUACGAAGAUGAGCAAAGAGGAGGAGCAGAGGCGGGAUUUCUAUCUCAACACGGGCUACGCCAUUCAGACCCUCAGGGAGGAGUUUCCGAUCUUUUUUCUCCGGGAGAUUACAUUUGAUAUCUACAGGGAUGAUAUUGUGUUCAAAGACCCAAUCAACACAUUUGUGGGCAUUGAGAAUUACAAAUCAAUCUUUUGGGCGCUACGGUUCCAUGGCAGGAUAUUUUUUAAGGCACUGUGGAUUGACAUUGUUAGUGUGUGGCAGCCUGUGGAGAACAUGAUAAUGGUGCGUUGGACAGUCCAUGGAAUUCCGCGGGUUCCAUGGGAGAGCCGUGGUCGGUUUGAUGGGACUUCAGAAUACAAACUUGAUAAGAAGGGGAAGAUAUAUGAGCACAGGGUCCACAAUAUUGCUCUGAAUGCACCUCCCCCAAAGUUCCUUGUGCGAUCUGUGCAAGAAAUGAUUCAAUGCAUUGGGUGUGGAUCAACCCCAAAGCCCACUUUCUUUGAGAUAUCAUCCUCUUCGUUCAAGAACUUCAUGGCACACGUGAAUUCUUGUGGUCCCAGAUGUCACCUGUCUUCGAUCUUAUCUUCUUCUGUCAGGAAUCAGGAGGAUAUUGAGGAAUCAUCGGAGAGAAGAUGGCAUUGAAGAAGUGAGCUCUUGCUAGGGAUGGGAAUCUCUGAUAACCCACAAUUACCCUUACUGUGGAGUUCAUCCAUGAAAGAGCGGUUAUAUUUGUAAUACAGUACUAAAAAACGCGACUCUUUUUCUCAUUGACAUGGAUUUGUAAAGUCUUUUUUGUUGUAUAGUCAUGUUCUUAUAAGUGCUGCUACAUCAAGCUUAGCUUGUAACAUGGUAAUAUUAUGGAUUUGA